UUAGCCCUUUAUCGCGCCCUUUUUGGUUUAUGAUUAUUUAAUUUGAGGUGCUGAAAAAAUCCCCUCGGGCAAGACUGUUUAUCCUCUCAAUUAGUGGGUUUAAUUGUGAUUUGUACAUAAAAGUUGUUAUGAGUUUAUAUUAAAAAUUAGAUGUUCUUAAGAAAAUGAUAUUAAGUAUAUUUUAUAUGAUCGAAUGGUGUAAUUUAUAUGUGAUUACUAGCACAAUAUAAUGGAUUCGGAAGGCUUUAAGUCAGUGAAAGGGGUAACAUGCGAUCCCUCGACGGUGGUGGCGAGGGCAGACAAAUUUUCCCUCCGAAAAUUUGCAAGGACUUCCCGUUAUUUCCCUGAGUCGGCGAUGGGCCUGCUGGUGAUCGUUUGCUGUUAUUAUUGCUGCGCACCCGUUGCAGUUUCAGCAAUUUUGGUCUUUGACACGACAGCUCUCCUUAACGAAGUACUUAUACCAGCAGAUGCUCCAGUAGGCUCUGUAAUCUAUAGACUUAGAGUUUCAGACACUGCCUUUGACUAUCCACUAAAGUUUUAUUUGCGAGACUCUACUACUGUUUCACUGGAAGCUCUUAACUGUACAAGAUUUAAUUCUGUGUGCCAAGCAAACUUAAUACUAAGAAAAAAAUUAGAGGUUGGGAGGUUUUACGAUUUUAGAAUAGAGGCUAGAAACCAAAAAGGUGAGUCAGCUGUCAUGAAUUGUUCAUUUCAAGCUACAAACGCCACUACGCCCAUUGAAAAAAUAUUCCCUGGAGCACCUACUUUGUUAACAGUUUCUGAAAAUGCCAGGAGAAACACGGAGUUGGGUACACUUAUUGCCAGAGGAAACCCAAAUAGAAUUAAGUCGGUGUAUAUGGAAUUAUAUGGCACCGAGCAGUUUGGUAUCCAUCAGAAGUUAAUAACAGAAAAGGACGCAGAAGGUACUAUAAUACUGCUUACUCCUUUGGAUUAUGAGAAAAAGACUGUUCAUCAUUUGACCAUAUUAGCCAAUGAUCCUUGGACAAAUAUGAAAGAAGAUACAAGAAAUAUAGCUGCAUGGCCCUUGUUGGUUGCCGUUCUGGAUGAACAAGAUACGCCACCAAUUUUCACUAUUGCCCCUCCUACUACCACUUUAAGUCUAUCACUUAAACCAGGAGAUACAAUUUUGAGGGUGCAUGCAGAAGACGGAGAUCGGGGCUCACCUAGACCUAUAAGAUACACAUUGGAUGCAGAUUCAGUCAGUUCGUUUUUUGAUAUUUCUGAGAAAACGGGGGAACUCACACUAGCUCUUCCAAUAUCACAAGUACUUUCGUUUCCCACUCAAGGCCAACCAAUUUUGGUUAAGGUCACUGCUGAGGAAGUAAGGUCAAGUUCCCAGGAACCACCUUCACAGUCUACUACUGUUCAGUUGGCUUUAAUUCCUCCAGGUAUAACUCUAGGUACACCAACCUUUGGUGCCAUAGAAUUCCAUGCUUUACUAGAUGAAAAUGCGCCAGUCGGUACUGUAUUGGAUAUACCUCAGGCUGAAAUCAGCACAGAACCUGGUGAUAUAGUCACUUUACAGUUAGAGAAUAACAAUGGAACAUUUGAUAUAUCUCCAAGUGUCGUUGAAGGGUUUGCUAAGUUUAGAAUUAGUGUGCACAAUAAUCGUCUUUUGGAUUAUGAAGCAAGACAUUUCGUGGAAUGUUAUAUAAUAGCCAAAGAAUUAGGUAAAGGAAACUAUUCUACAAGAGCUAAACUAACAGUUGUACUAAAUGAUGUGAACGACAAUCCUCCCCAGUUUGUUAAAGCUGAGUUUACAGGAAGUGUGGCAGAGCUUGCACGUGUUGGUACUACAGUGUUAAUAGUAGAAGCCACCGACGUAGAUAGACAGCCAGGAAGUAAAAUCCGAUAUACACGGCUUAGUGGGUCUGGAAGUGAGUUCUUUAGCUUAGAACCUGAUACAGGAGUAAUAAAAGUAGCCAACUCAAACCUAGAUGCAGAAACUACACCAACAUUCACAUUAGAUGUUGAGGCAGCAGACGAAGAUGGUGAAGGAUUAACAGCAACAGCAAAAGUAUUAAUAACUUUAAUAGAUGUGAAUGAUAACCCGCCAGUGUUUGAAAAGGAUAUUUUUGAGUUUAUUUUAAAUACCGAUCGGACCACUUUUACCAGCCAGGCUUUCGUAAAGGCCUUUGACUCGGAUAUUUCUUCGCCAAAUAAUGAGGUCUGGUACGAACUGCUUACUUCCAAUAAAGAUUUGUUGCUUAAUGAAAAAACUGGAGAAAUUUCUGUAAAAGGUACAUGGAACUAUGACGAACUGGUUUCCAUAAAAGUUAGAGCUUAUGAUAAGGGAACUCCUAGGCUUUUCACAGAUGCAGAGGUAAGGCUGUACCCUCCUGAAGCGAAAUCUCGAAAAAUGAUUUUUAUAGUACCAGGGAAAUAUCCUGAUACCCAAAACACCGAGAGAACUUUAAGUGCUCUUACAGGAAGUAAAGUAGUAGUAGACGAAGUUCGACCAUAUGCUGGACAUGAACCUGGCGCUGCAUACGUUACAAGAAAUGAAGAUGGAGAUAAGAGCGUAGUAGUGGCAACAGUGCACUAUACAAAAGACUCCAUAGUAGACAUAAACCGAAUUCAACAACUCUUGGAUGAUCAAAAUCAACAACAGAAUUUUCGAGAAACCAACAAAAACCCACCACCCAACCAGCAAACCGACAAAAACGUAAAAGAAAAGGAGGAAACGAGGAUACAACAAAGCGGAGGAGGAGACCUUUAUUGGUUGCUCAUUUUAUUCAUUAUACUAGCCAUUUUGGCUGCUAUUAUACUCAUACUAUGCUGUAUUUGUCGACCAUGUCCUUUGUAUAUUCCUCCUAAAAGGAAAAAAAUUGGAAGUAGUGGUGAUGUUAUUGAGAAAAUGCUUAUUAGAGGUUUUGGUAGCGGAAGAAAAAAUAAAUCAGUUCAAGUAGCCGAGUGGUUUGGUCGAAAAGAAGCCUGGAGUGCUGAAGAUGAUCGUCAGGCAGUGCAUGCUGCGACCACUAUGGUUGAUGGAGAAGUGGAAGCUGAUUCAUUAAGACGUCAUGAAAUGGAGCGAGGGUCAGUAAGGGGAGAAGUCAGACAUAUACCCUUAAGGGAGCAGCAUUUACAGCAAAGCCAAAGUAUGCAACAUUUAAAAAAUGUACAGCAACAAGACUUGACUAGAGACCAGAUGUAUGUGCGAGAAGGAAAUGCUGAAAUUUUAAGAUUAGUUACCAGGGCUGGAGAACCUAUAAAUAGAAACUCAGCUCCAAUUAUUGAUCAAUAUCAACAGCAUUACUUAGUUGAUAGCGGGAAAGAUAUUUUAAUGAGACGGUUUAUUGAUCAACAGCAAGCAGAGGCAGCAAGGACGCAAGUUUUGCUACCAAACGCAGUAACCAAACUUCAGACAGAACAAGAGUUCUUGGAAGUAUCUCUUAGGCAACAAAAUGCCCUCUUAAGGCAACUAAUUCUGGAUCGAGAACGAGAUUUGAGGUUGGAAACUCAGUCUUUACCAGCAGGAACUCAGACUGACCAAGAUAUGGGAACCCAAACGGAACCCCAGUACCUUUUGCCACCACGAAGACGUGUUCAAUCAGAUUUGGACGCUUCUGAUUAUGGGUCAGAUGAGGAAAUCGCUGUUAUUAAAGCAAAAGCUAAACGAAGACAUCGUGUUAUGAAGCCUCGAAAAAUUAAAACUCCUAUUCAAGAAGAAGAAAGUGAUGAAAUGGAUUUAAUUGAGAAAUAUGAGAAACCUUACAAGCAGUCCAGCAUAGAGAAAAUAGAAGUUCAAAAAACAUCUAAACCGAUGCGGACAAGUCAGUCCAGACAGAAAACGGUCAGUGUUGAAACUAGUGCAUCUAGUAGAAGGUCAAGAUCGAAAUCCUCUAGAUCCGGAUUAAGAAAAGAAGUGCUAAAGGAAAUUUCAGUAUCAUUGGAUCAAAGUGAAGAAAGUGAUCGGAGUUAUUACAAUAAAAAGAAACCUCCACCAGAAAUUUACUCAGAGGACAGCUUGGAAGAAGAUAUUAGCCCAAGAUCUGAAAAAACAACUGAUUCUGGCAAAUAUAGGCAUAGAUCAGAGUCUACGGAUCCAUCUAGAUCCAGACGUUCCCGUUCAGAAUCUGUAGAAUAUACAAAAAGAAAAGCUUCUCUAUCUCCUCAAAAUGCUUCCAGACAACGUAGCUUAGAACCUUCGCAUAUUAAGCAGCGAUUUAAGUCUGAAACUGACUUAAGAUCGGCGAGAGCGACAAAAAAAGCUUCCGCAACAACAGAUCAGAGAAGAUCUUCGGAGUCAAAAAGUCAGAGUCAAUUGGACUUAAGUAGCGAAAGAUCAACUAAAAGAGAAGAUAAGGCGAAGAAGGGUGCUGUAAAGAGAUCGUCAAGGUACAUGGAAUGGUAUACGAAAAAGCAAAACGGUGAAGUACCAAAAACUGAGAAACCCGAUCGAAGAAAAUCAGAUGCAGAAAUAGAAAAACUGACAAAACCCGCAGUGGUAGAAUCUCGGUUGUUUAAAGAAACCAUCGCGAGCUCUGGAAAAAAGUCCGAACCUGCAACCAAGAAAAGUACUGUGGGGCCAGACCACCCCUUGUUACAACAUUCUGAACAUAGAUAUGAAGUCCAAUAUCCGAAAAAAAGACCAGAAGAAGACACGGACAGUGGAAUAGUCCUUAUGAAACCUGAAAUGGCACAAAAGAAAAGCAUUUUCACAAUUGCAUAUAACGAUAUUCAUACGAGUCAGCUAAGGCCCGACAGUUCAAUAAACACUCCAUAAAUCAUUUUGUAUAGAGAAUAUUUAUUGUUAAAUGGUUCUAAUUAUUAGUUAUAGCUUUUUAAAAAAACUAUGCAUAUUGUAAUUGAGUUUGUAUUUUUGAAGGAAUGUUAAUGACGAAAAUAGAUAGACAAGUUGAAAAUAUUAAAUUCAUUAAUUGACCAGGUGUGUAACGCCGAGCUGUCUUAUUUUUAAACAAAAACAAGAAUUUUAUAAAUCUUAACUUAAAUAUAUUUUAAAAGUAAGAAUUGGAUCAGUCUU